AUGGGCAUGCACCACUCCACCUCGGGUAAGUCCGGGUACCACUACUCGUACGCAAAGACGGACAUGGUGUUCUCGGAAGAGCAGGUGGCCGCCCUUUGGGCCGCCGAGAACGCCGCCCGCACCGAUCCGGCUGUCCUCGCAGAGUACGCCCAGCACGACACUGACGCCUGGCGCGCACGGGUCACCCUGCGCAUUCAGACUCGCGUUCUUCGUGAUGUUCUCGCCAUCGCCGAUCGCGACAUGCCCUCGGCCCUCAAGGCCCUCAACAACGCCCGCUACGACAUGCGCUUCAACCACAACAUCGACCGCCCCGUCUACAUCCGCUUCGACCGCUCACAGCAGGGAGGCCUCGUCGUCCGCGAUACGCCGCCGCCGGCCACUGUCUUUUCGCUUGCCGCGCUCACGUCGUCUGCUCCCUCCGCGGCCGGCAGCACGUGCAUCACCGCCCUCGCCGCAGACGCCACCGCCCGCGGCCGCGCCCUCGUCGUCGUCGCCGGCUCGCGAGGCGUGCCCAUCUUCAACGCCCUUGCCGCAGACUACGCCCACGUGGCGGACUUUGUCUUUCUGUACAUCGUCGAGGCCCACGCCUCCGAUGAGUGGCCAAUGCCGGUCGGCGGCGGCCGUGAGCCGUACCCUCAACCGAAAAGCCUGCCCGAGCGCGCCGCGCGCGCAGCCGAGUACGUCGCUGACUACGGUUUGGAACUUCCGGUCUACGUCGACUGCAUGAGCAACGCGUUCGAGUCGGCCUACGCCGCCUGGCCCGAACGCUUCUUUGUCAUCGACGCCGGCGUCACCGCCUUUAUCUCGCAGCCAGUCCCGGACAAGGGCCACGAUCCAGCCGAAGUCGAGGCGUGGCUCCAGGCCAGGGCCGCUCUUGACGGCCCUGGUCCGUUUGUCGUCGAUAGCGGAUGCGUUGACGGCCCGACAGAUUCGGGCGUCGAGUGCACGCCUGCCGACGCGGCUCCGCCCGCCCCGACUGUUGAGACCAGCGCCAGCCCAGCCUCAGAGUAG